AAUGUUGUUACUUGUGAUAACCUCACUUUCUAGUUUAAAACGCGGGAGAAGCGACAUUCGUAUUCAGUUGUAUAUUUGGCAAAUAUCUGGUUUGGGAGUGAUCUGUAUAGUGUGCUUUGAAGAAUUCGAUCAAGCUGAAAAGUAUGUCUAUUUCGAAAAACUCGCAGCGCCCCUUCACAGUCAUCGUCGAGGGAAAUAUCGGCAGCGGGAAAACAACGUUUCUUCAACAUUUCAAUAAGUUUGAUGAUAUUUGUGUACUAGCCGAACCCAUUGAGUUAUGGAGAAACUGCAAUGGGCAUAACCUGCUGGGUUUGUUAUACGAAGAUAGAAAAAAGUGGAGCUUUACAUUUCAGUCUUAUGUUCAACUGACCAUGUUGGAACAACACACCAAACUAACAGACCGCCCUAUUAAACUUAUGGAGAGAUCUAUUUACAGUGCUCGGUAUUGUUUUGUUGAGAAGAUGAAACAAGAUGGGCUUCUUUCCCACGCUUCUGCUGCAGUCCUCGAUAAACACUUUGAAUGGGUUAAAGAAUAUGCUAACGUUGGUGUGGAUUUGAUUGUGUAUCUUCGGACAUCGCCUCACGUAGUAUAUGAACGCAUGAUGCUCCGGAACAGGGCAGAAGAAAAAUCCGUCUCCCUCGAAUACCUUCAGGCCCUACACCAGAUUCACGAAGAUUGGCUUUACCAUAAAACUAUAUUUUCAGUCGCUGCACCAGUUCUUGUUUUAAAUGCGAAUUUGGAUAAGUCAGUGAUCCAUGAAGAGUACAUGAAAUGCGAACCUCAAAUUUUAAAUAGAACGUUGACUGUCCAUACGUGAGGUAAACUACUUGAUUAGUUUCUUCCUUAUAGUUACAUUUAUUUUAUUUAUUAUGUUUGACUUUUAAACUUUUAUACCGGUUUUACAGACGCCAUUGGCGCAUUUUUAGUUCACUUCAAAAAUUCAAUAUUUUUUUGGGUUUAAGUAGUAACAUAAUGUAUAAUUUGACAUAUUUUGAUAAUACCAAAGAUUGUGGACCAGCAAAAUAGGAAAUAGUU